AUGUGGUCGUUGCGGCUGUCGGAGUGCGCGGCGUUGGGGGAUCUGGCGGGAGCCGUCGAGGCUUUGGCCCACGGGGGUGACCCACGAUGGACGAACCCCGACGAUCAGCACAGGACAGCCCUGCAUUUCGCCGCGGCAACUGGGGAACUGGGGUGCUGCGAUUUCCUUAUCCAGAACGGCGCUGACGUGUUCUCGCUGGACGAACGGCAAUGUAGCCCUCUGGACAUCCCUUGCCUGGGGAAUCAGGUGCCCGCGGUGGAGUAUUUCUUGGACAAGAUGGGGCGGUAG